GAAAAGAACUAUCUCAUGAAACGUUUUGCUCUCGCCAUUCUUGCAGCAUUGCUGCUGGUCUCGGGUUCGUCGUAUGUUGCCCGAGCCGAAGACAAGCCUUCCGAAGAGAAAGCUCCCGAAGCUUACACGGGAGAAGUCGUUGCUUUGGAUUCGCUCGAAGAAUUCAAGGAAGACACGACCGAAGCGAAGCCUCUGUUAGACUUCGCCAAUCAGAACUUCAAGCUGUUGAUCGGUCAGAUGUCGGAGUCGCCGGACACGGCUGAAAAGCACAUCGCCGCGAUCAAGGAAGCCAUGGAAGGUGUCGAAGCAGGGGAAAAUGUUCAAGCCAAGGGUUUGAUCAUGAGCAUCGAUCGCUCGUUGGACAUGUUCCGAUCGCGCAUCGCAGCCAAGCGUUUGACGCUGGACGAAGUGAAGUCGCAAGUGACCGAAAGCCCAAGCGAUACCGACGCGAUCACGUUGUACAUCACCCGCGUCAGCAUGGCGUUUUCCGAAGAAACGGGCGAAGACGUCGCCAAGAUGGAAGCGUUCCUGAAGACAGAGAACGAGUUCGUCGAUUCGCUUCAAGAGGAAACGGAAGAAUCGGACGCGUUGGCAUCCUACAAGCGUGCUUCUUCGUUGCUGAAAUCGCUCGGUAGCCGCAUCGAACGUUUGAAGGUUUACCAAGAGAUGGUCGGCAAAGAAAUGAUGCCGGUCGAAGCAGAAGUGUGGGCCAACGGCGAAGGCUUUACGCCGGAAGAGCUCGAAGGCAAAGUGGUUCUGCUCGACUUCUGGGCCAUCUGGUGCGAGAAGUAUGGUGACGACGGCCUGCAAAUUGUCGGCAUCACACGUUACUACGGUUACACCUGGUCGGAAGAGACCGACAGCCCUCAGCGUGGUGAAGAGGAUGUUGCUCCGGAAGUGGAGCAGGAAGUGCUGAACAAGUUCACCGCUCAACAUGACUUGAAGCACCCAACCGCCGUGGUUACCGAUCCCAAAGCUUUGUACGAAUUCUACGCCGUUUCCGGCAUUCCUCACUUCGUCUUGAUCGGCCGUGACGGCAAGAUCAAGUAUGCCAAUGCCGGCAUGGGGGAAGCGCGUGCGAAGCAGCUCGAGGAACUGAUCAAGCAAGAGCUCGCUGAGCCAGCUGCAGGUUAG